AUCCAAUUUUAGUCAUGGCUAUUCAUAAUUGUGUGUUAAUAACUAUUUUAGAAGCCGUUAAAUAAAAGAAUAGGUAUAUAUUGUGGAAAAAGUUUGGUACCUGUCGCGAUAUUUUCAUUUUGAAGUGUAUAUAUAUUUUAAAUAUGCAUAGAUAUGUAUAUAUUUUACACAUAUGUAGAUACUUGAAUUUUUUUGCGGUGAAAUUCAUAUUACAUCAAUUUGUUCAUACGCUAACCCUGUUGGGUUCUCAUUUUUUCUGCUGCAGAUAUUCGUGAGUUUAUAUACAUACAUACUUAAGUAUGCAUUCUCAUGAACGUAUGUACAGAAAACCAGCUUUUCGUUUUUCAACCAUGGUUACUUGCCAAUCUUGUGUUGCACCGUUUUUCACUUCUUGCAUUACCACCUUUUCAUGCAUUGUGUAUGCAUUGGGGCUAAUUUUAAAUAUCUUAACUUGAGAACUGACGAUUACAGCAAGAGACAAGUGAUCCAAGAGAAAAGUUGGACAAAAUACUCAAUUUAAUGACAUCCACGUUAAGAAAUUUUGCGAAAAGAUGUAACUCAAUGAUAUCGAAAACAUCGUAAAAUCAACUUGUAAAUCAUAUCGGGUUUCCGGAGGUUAAAAUAAGAAAGUCCAAUAAAAUUGAAGAAAGACAAAGUAUAUAAUAAAAUGUUCUCGUUUCACAAACCACGAGUUUAUCGCUCGGCUGAAGGAUGUUGCAUUUGUCGUGCAAAGUCGAGUAGUUCACGUUUUACUGAUUCACGUAAAUACGAACAGGACUCAAUGAAAUGUUUCAACUUGAAAUAUCCUCGUCAUGGAGAAAUUUGCAAUGCAUGUGUUUUGCUGGUGAAACGUUUUAAACGGCUUCCAGGGGGCAGCACCCGACAUUGGGGACAUGUGGUUGACGCUCGUGCGGGACCCGGAACGAAAUCCAUUUCAAAACACAAAAAAAGUCGAGACGAUAGGGAAACUACAGCGCAUAGUGCUUCAAGUAAUAAUACAAAUUCUCGACGAGCAUCCAAUUCAAAGUCACUCAUUCCCGAAAAAUUUUCCAAAAUAUUUAAAAAAAGUAAAAAAAGCAAAUUAGGCGCCGGCGCCUGCUCCGAAAGGAAAGCUGAUGAAUGUAGACGAUCUGUCUCUGAGUUAAAAACAUGGAAGGACCAACAUUUGUUUUCUGCAACUCUUGAUUCAAUGGAUAGCGACUAUGAAGAUAUCGGCGAAGGCGGAGAUGUUUACGAUUCGAAACGAGGAAAUGUAAACGUAAAUAAUUCAACAGUGCAAUUUCAAACACAAACGCGUGCAUCUGCAAACCGUGCCUCCCGAAGGGCCACCAAUAUUAGUAAUGUUUCCAAUAAUAACUGCAAGAGUCCCCUAAAAACAGGAAGCAAACGACGUAAAUGUAUGCCUCCUAUUCGAAAUCGGUCCACAUUAAAACUUGUCAAUGAUAAAACACAAUUCUUUGAUGAGACGGAAUGGCAAGAACGUAAGACUUGCUGUGGCAUGAUGUAUGUGUGUCCAUCGUUAGCUGGAACAAUACUACUCGAUAUAGAAAAAUUUGAAGUCUGCACAGAACAUAAACGCUCGCAAAUUUUGCAUACUGAGACCAAGUCGUCGACCAAUGAGGAGCUGUCAUCUACUUUGCAAAAGACAAUCAUUGCUACAAUGCCAGCCGUAGUUCAAUUAUCUGCGCCAUCGGUGGCUAGCGUUUGUCCACCUCCAUUGCCCAAUCCAGUGAAUGCAAUGAAAACCAAUCAUACACCAGUAUUGAAGAAGCAUCAUUUGUUCUUCAAACGACAGUCGGAAAGUUUUCCUCAAGUGGAUCUCGCUGUUAAUAAUAAUAUUAUAAAUUCCUCAAAUAAGACUGAAUCUCUGGCAGUAUCAACAAACACUCCCGUUAUAAUUAAAAGCAGCACAAACAUUGCAAAUCACAGUGGCUCAACACCGCAUUCAUCAGCAAUAUCGAUUGGAAGCAACUCAAAUAUUGUCGUUUCCACACCAUUAUCGCUUGCAAUAAAUACCACAAAUGUAUCUGCCAUAUCGAGCAUUUCUCCUUCCAAUGCAACAUCUGCGAGUGCGCAAAUGCCACGACAUUCAACUGCCAAGGUUACUACAAUUUCACCACCCUUACCAACAACAAAUAUAAUAGGGAGCAAUAGGCUUUUACAUAAAAUAAAGGCGGGAAAAAUUUUCAAACAUUCUUUGGAAAAAAUUGGUGUCACGUCCACAGCCGCGCCAGUCUCAUCAGCGACUGUGGAGCGUAUUAAGGCUGGCGAUUUCCAAGAUAUAAAACCAGUAAUGCGAAACGUGACAAAAUCAUAUGUGGUCUCAAAACCAAUAACGGGCGGGUCCAAUCAGCAGAGUACGCAAUACUAUCCCGUCGGUUCAUCACCAACAUCCACAUGCUCCAACUCUUCGGCUGCUUCUUCCUCAUUAUCCUCGACUGCACCAAAGUUUAGUGACAAUUCCUCAGAUUCUGGAUUCGACGAAAAUCUGCAGGAUAGAAAAUCCGCAAGUCCUCUGCAGGAGGAUACAGAGAAAAAACUGGCAGCUCGUGCAGCAAUAGGCAAUGUGCAUACGAUGUUUUUGGCAAGUGGUGUCCAGAUACAUGGUCAACCUCAAAAUUUAAUGCUUACUGGUAAUGAGGUAGCUGCCAAAUUAUUGCAGAAUCGCAAACAACAUUUGGCUAUGAUGGCAAAUUCCAGUGCUGGGGCUAUGCAGCAACAUUUUCAACAACAACAAUCAGCAACUAAUGUCUCGCGUAUUGGUUCGGCUACACCAUCCUUAAAAAUCUCUCCAGUCACCCCCGCUACUAUAUCUACCAUAUCAGUAGGAAAUUCGGUUGCUAACAAUUCUCACAGCAAGGCAACAUCAGCGACAAUAACUACAUCUCGUGCAAUCUACAAUAACAAUACCAUACAACAUGAAAACGGUGUGACAACAAUCGUGCCGGCAUCCUCGUUAGCUGCAUCCACACAAACCGCAGCUAUGAAUGCACUAGCUCCUAGUACCGUAACAAUAACACCUGCACCAACGCAUCAAUUAGGAAAUACAGCAUCUAGUACGUCGUUGGGUUUAACAAAAAAACUGACAACAAGUGGGGUUGGUGUGAAUUUAAUAGCAACCGGUGGCAGCAAUCAAAGCAAUAUUCUACACACAGUAACGAACGCUGCUUCACAUUUGAUCAAUCAUGGCAAUAGCACACUGUUGCACCAACAAGCACACCAUCUACAACAGCAGCAACCACUUCAACAUCACAGCACGGCGAGCAAUUUGAAUCAGAAGAUUAUUCUACUGAAGACAUCUGGCCCAACGAAGUACAAUAAUUUGGCGAAUAUCAGCAGCAGUAGUCUUAAUAGCGUCAAGCUGCCAAACGGCACAACACCAAUAGCCGCAUCGCCCGUGAACACCGCCGGAGUUUGCAAGAAUUGACAAAGCGGCAGUCGACAGAAAUUCACGCGCUAGUGCUUUACUCAGUUCCCACUUCCUCAUUUAUAAACAAUUGGUAUGGGAUAGAAAUAUUGAGUUGCAAUGAUUGCUUUUAUAUAUCUUGCGUCCUAUUUGUGUUCUUUGAACGCGUAACUUUACUGUUUAAUUGCUUCGUCACGUUGGUGCUGAGCAAUUUCAAGUUGCCAUUUGCGUAGCACAUAGAAAAUACUCGUAAAAAAAAAACUAUUUUUAAAGGGAUUUAAACCCCCUAAAUAAUUGGAGAAAUAAUCUGGUUCCAAAUUUGAUUUUUAUAAUUGCAGCGAUAACUUCACCAGCAUUGAGAGGUUAUAUAUUUUUAAAUUUUUAUUUUAUGCACAUAUUGCCAUUUCAAACCAUGCUUAGUUUUAUUCAUACCGAUUUUUAUUUACUUAAUUAUAAAUACACAAUUUCAUUACAAAAUGCGCACACCCAUACAGGUGCACGCCUUUACACUUAAAGAGUUUAUAAACAUAUGAAAUAUAUUAAGUGAAGUUUACGGUGAUCAUAUUUAAAAAAGAUUAAAUACGCCUUCGGCGCUGUUUAUUGUAUUUUGUAAAUUUUUACUCUUUUUUUUUUUUGUAUAUAUUAAAUAUACAAAGUAGUAUAUAAUGUGUGAGCUAUUUUAAAGAAUUUCUAAUUAAUUUAAAUUUUGUUGAAAUUUUUGAUUUAUUUGUACAUAUAUGUAUGCAAGUAGUUUUUAUUUAUAAAUGAUAUCUACUCGUAAAAUUAACUUUUAAGUAUCGAAUAAAAUUGGAGAAGCAACACCAAAAGUUCUUACCAUAAAAUCGUUUUACUGUUCUAAACGGGAAAUUCUUUAUAUAUAUAUAUAUACAUAUAAAUAAUAUUUACUAAAUUAUUGAAUAAGAAAUCAUUUAAAUAUAAUAAACAAAAACACAUACAUAUAUGCUUAAAAAAAUAUGUAAAAAUUGCAUUUCAUCAAUUUCGGAUAGAUCAGUUAUCCAUAGCAGCAAAUUAGUUAAAUAGUAUCUAUAAUAAACAUAGCGGUAAAAUUUGCAAAAUACUUGGAAAGAAACUCAAAUGCAAGGCAAUGCAAAUUCAAUCAAACUCGAGCGUCCGAGUGUACACACAAGAUAAAUCUUAAAAAAUACUAUAAUUCCAUAUUGUAGACGCGCUAGUAUAGCGUUUCCGUAGCCUUUGGAGCACCCAUAAUUGGUAUUUAAUCAAUAAUUGUUGGACUAUGAUAGAUAAGAAAACUAAGCGUAAAAAUAAGCAAUGAUUUUCUAAAUAAAGAUAAAUGAAUAAUAAAAAUACUGAAUGAAA